ACUCAUGUCGCAGAUUUUGCAAUGAAAUAUUUUCUUAUCUUUGCUAUAUUUAGAGAUAUAGAUGCGUACUUCAUAAUAGUAAUUUUGAACACAAUAUAUGACAAUGUUAACGUCGGGGAUUUUGCUGUUCCUUUUUCUCUGCAGUCACGGAGCCCUCGGUUGUCCAAACGGAUGGAUGACACAUGAGAAUUCAUGUUAUCAUUUCAGUCAUGAUACAGAAGACUGGAUAGAUGCAGUGGCAGCAUGUAAAAUACUUGGUGGUCAUCUUGUGGAAAUAGACGACGCUACAGAGAACCAGUACCUCGUGAACCAAGCAAAACUUAUUAAUAGUAAAGAAUCAUUUUGGAUUGGACUUAACGAUUUACAAGAGGAGGGUUCUUGGGUGUGGGUAGACAGCAAUGAGGCUGUCUCCUACACUAACUGGUACCCAGGACAACCUGACAAUGAAGCAAGUAAUGAAAACUGUGCCCAUUUGAAUCCAGUCUACAACGAUUUAUGGAAUGAUAAAGAGUGUUAUUCUCUUCUCAACUACAUAUGCGAGAAAACCUCUGAAAACGCAGAGAUUAUUGGAUAGAAGAUUGCAGCCUUGAUUUACAUAUGAAAAUAAAAAAGUAACAAUUCGUUACGAUUUGUACUUUAUUAGAUGAAAUAAUAUGGCGGAAGAUAUUUUAAUCCUCAUUUUCUCGAGGAAUAGUGCUUGUGAUGCUUUUCACAAGUUUCCGAAAACUGAAAAUAUAUGGUCUUGUCUAUGUUUCAAGUAAAAAACUUUUGUGUCACGAAAACGUACUAACAAAUUGCCCUAAAUAGAGAAUAUUAGUUUACUGUCUUUCGUAACUUAAGUUUAUCCGCAACGUUGGAGAAAGGUUUAUCCUGCCCGAGGCCUGACGUAUAUAAAAGUAAUAUAAAGGAAUUUCUACGCGUGCAAAAACUCGGAAGUAAAAGAAAUAUGCAAAACCACAACUUUAAGCUGAGUGAAAACUGAAGAGCAUUAAUCUGUUUGGAUAUUAUCUUUAAUUUCAAAAAGAGAAGUGUUAUCUCACGCGUCAUUAGAUAUGUUUCAUUCAUACAUUUCUACUGGUCUGGUGUUUACAGGUAGAAGACGAUUACAUUUGAAUUUCUAAUUACCGAAUAGGAUACAAAAGGACAAUGUCUAUGAAUUAAAAGGGUUAAUCUUGUGCUUGAUGUCUGGGAGAAAAUUAUAUUCAAUCGACGCAGUAUAUAUGAUAUGGGUCGUUGGGAAAACGAACACCUUUAAAUGUAAUGACUUUGAAGAUAUUCAUGAAUCGUGCACAAAACAUAAAUCCGAGAAAAAAGA